CAUCCACCAGCGGCCAGCCAGCCAGCCAGUUUCUCGCUUCUCUCCUCCUCAGUCCCCGUCUACCCCGUGCGGAGGAAGGUUGUGUGCUGCUCCUUUUCUCCCUCUCCUCUCUCCCUCCCGGUGUGUCAGUCCCGCCGCUGUGGUGUGGCGAGACUGUCUGUGGCUGUGGUGUUGAGGGUGUAGCUGUGUGUACCUGUGUGUUGCUGUGACGGCCCCUGCCCAGGUGUAUUGACGUCAUGCUUGAAGGGUGGUGGACGGCGUUGGUGUUGGUGGGCGUGUGGGCGGCGGGAGCAGGUGGAGAGAUGGCGCGCCGUAUGAAGAGUCCCACCUCGUCCACGCUUAAAUGGAUGGACGCCGAGGCGGGCCAGCCUCUGCCUGCUGGGGCGCUGCCGGUGAGCGAGGACCUCGGGCCGUGGUGCCGCUUCUCUGACCACGGUGUAGUGGCGGGAAUGGUGCAGGACGGCGUGUGCCACGCACCCUUCCUCAACAGCGUGGUCACCGCGGUGAAGUACGAGGUGCUGGUUUCCAUCAAUGACUCAGCUCGCCUCACAGAGAUAGAGUGGUCCCGCGCCGCGGCGCUUAGCUCGGGUGGCAUUGAGGUGUCCAAGAAGCGCGUGUUGGGCCUGGCGCGCUCUCCUGAGGGCGCGGUGCUGCCGGGCUUCAUUGACGUGAAUUCCCGCCGCGCCUUCAUGCUGAACGGCAGCCAGGUGGAGCGUUACGACGACGCAGUGAUCUUGGCUGAAGACGAGCCCGUGCAGUACGAGAUGGACCACGUGGUGUGGGACGAGGCGCGCGCCACGACUCAGUCGGAGGACAAGGUGCUGCUCAACUUCACACUAGAGAAUGCCGCGACGGAGGCCAGGCAGGUGACCCGGGAAGAAGAGUACACGGUGACCGACGUGGUAUACUGGGGCAAUGUACGGGGCACCGUCAAGGGCCUGUCGUCCAAGGUGACAGGGCCCGGGGGCCAGGUGUGGGACAUGGUUACUUGGGGCGUGAACAACGACUACAAGCGGGUGGUGCCGCAAGCAGUGUCGCUGGAGGUGCCUGCUGGCGCCGCCGUGGACGUGCAGUUGGUGGGCGUGAUGCACAUGUACGACUCUCCCUACACUGCGCAGCUGACGGCGGUGUACGAGGACGGCACGAGGCGCUCCCGCCCCGUGUCCUCCCUGCACCAGCACGAGUACUUAGCCGAACUGCGCGCUGACUUCAGCCGCCCACGAAGUCUUGCCGACGGUAAGGAGCUUGAGGGCGACUUCCCGACCUCCGAGGUCCUGAUCGCCUCCACCACCACCACCACCACAACCACCACCACCCCCGGCCCCCCAGGCACAGACUCCAACGCCGAGCAGGCAAGCUCAACCACCACACAGGAGAGCAACUCCUAUGCGGCACCCAUGGCCCUGCCACCCCCUCUGCUAGCCUGCUGUCUGGCCUGGCUGGUGCGCCUCGCAAACCCCUAGACGCGUACUCUCCCGGGCGGCGAAGAAAGCCCCGGGCAGCAGCCGUGGGAGGAGAGGGGUGAGCGGCGCCGCGGCAUGUCAGUGUGUUGCCCAGAGACAUUCACCAUCACGGGAAAGAGAGACGCCGCCGAGCCUGUCUCACUCCUCAGGGUGAGUGUGACGGCGGUGGACGGGAGGGCGUGAGAGGAAGCCUCGCCGCACCCCUCACCCUUCCCCGCCAGGACACAGUAUUCGUGGUGUGGCGUGUACAUAGCAAGGCUUGGGACGCACACGAACUGCAUGUGUACCACUCCCUCGACACGCCUCCGUGCAUCAGGGUGAGGAGGGAAGCCCACCGCGUGCGGCGACAACAGUGCAUAAUAAUACAUAACCAACAAGUGAGGAGGCAACCCGCGUGAAGGAAGCGUCACCGCCAACACUACUUUCCUAUUUAUGAGAAUGUGUUCACUAGUGUGUCUUGCUUGCAUGGAACAAGGACACACACGGGGCACGAGUGGCCAGGAAGGCGCGCACGCACACACACACACACACACACACACACACACACACACACACACACACACACACACACACAUAUUAAUAAUGAUAAAUCAUAUACGAAGACGCUUAUGAAUUGACUGCUAAAUCAACAGACACAAACAGACGGACCAUCAUGAAUCAAUGGUGAUCCUGAAGUGUCGAGGCGAGGACUGGCUGAUGGAGAGAGGAAAGUUUAUUAACUCUCUCUCUCUCUCUCUCUCUCUCUCUCUCUCUCUCUCUCUCUCUCUCUCUCUCUCCCGUCCCCCCUGGUGACGGCUGGUGUCCAUCCCCCUAAUAGCGUCAGCGAGCAGAAGACUCCACGCUAACAUUAAGCGGUGCACGGAAGGUCUCAUUGAAGCCCCUCCUCUCAUCAAGGUGUGUGUGUGUGCAGGUGUGGCUGUUCCCGCACCUGCACCUAAUUACUCGUCACACCUUGCCUUUUAGUGCCAUUUUCUGAAACAUUCCCGCGCUCUCAUCUCGUUAUGCAUCUUUUUUUUUCUGGUUCCUUGAUUUACUUUUUAAUUUUUCACCCUCCCCCCCGUCUCUCUCUCUCUCUCUCUCUCUCUCUCUCUCUCUCUCUCUCUCUCU